UUUAAAGUUCGCCUCGCUGAAAGGCAGGCGAACAGGCCAGGCAGAAGGCAAAACAGUUCGGCAUUACCAAUGCGCACUUUGGCAGCGCCACGCGUUAAAAGUGGAUCACAAAUUUCUAGCGCCGGACCAGAGUCCGAGUCUGAAGUGCACAGCCAGCAGAAAUCGAGCAGUUUGUUAGGUUUAUUAAACGCCAAUUGACAGGAUGAGUUUGUUGCUGAAGCGACGUUCGCGCAGCGAGACGCGCGCUCAGCCCGUCACGAUCCAAAGCAAACAGGAGUUGACCAAAAAGCAGCAGCAGCAGCAGCAGCAGCACCAGCUGGCAGCCAGCGUGGAAAGGGACAGAGAAACGACUGUGCCGCGUCUGGGUUUGGCUGGCCCAGGCGCUGGCAUGGGCAGACGCAAGACAUCUGCGGAGCUCAUCAGCGAGGCGAAACUCUAUCUGGGCGACCUGUCCACGUCAACGGCGACAAUGACAGCUGCUGGCGGCGCACGCUUGGUCAGCACACGUCGACCCAUAACGCCACGUGAACCGGGACGUGUGCUCUACGGCAAGGUGGCAUUGGCCGGCCGUCCGCCCAGCGCCUUCUCCAUGCGAUAUCUGCAGAAUGAGAAUCAUAAGCCGCUGACGCCGCCAACGCCAGCGGCUGGCACCGAGCUGCUGUUGAGUCGACGCAAUGUGGACGCCAAGCCGGCGCCACCGCGUCAAUUGCCAGCGCUGCCGGGCGCUGCGGCACAGCUGCCAAUUGCAGCAGCAGCCACAAUGCAGCCAAUGCAACCCGCACGCAAUGGCGCCCUGCUUGGCCAGUGCAGCUCGGAGAUGCUCAUCGAGAUGCUGAAGCAGCAUGCUGGUCUCAAGGAUUGCAGCGGCGAGACCGUGCAGCACAUCAAUGCGAUUCUGCUGGAGCUGUAUACCCGGGUGCACAAACAGGAGCGCAACUUCAAGCGCGCCUUUAUCCUGGGCGGACUCUAUGGCCUGGUCGAGUGCACGGCGCCACGUAUCCUGCUGGCUGUGGCACGUGUCGUUCUGGCGUUGCGCGUAACCGGCAGCAAUUUAACCGGCGCCUGCAAGCUAAUCUUCAAGGUGGCUCGCCACGAACAGCACGACAGACUGUUCCAUGAGAACGAUGUGCUGGAGCUGCUGAUCGAUGGCUUGGGCCAUGCCUCGCCGCUGGACGAUCCGGAGGCCUGCAUUUAUGCCUAUGGCUGCAUACGAUUUCUCACCGCGAGCAGCGCCCAGGAGCGCGACGAUGCGCUCAAUCGCAACUGGGCCGCCGGCUUCGAAGAGCUGCUGCCACCAACAAUCGCCGCAGCCACAGUCCUGACAACAACAGCCCAGCAAGAUUCACGCAAGCUAAAUGGCCAACAGACACUGGUGUCGCGCCUGGCACGUCACGGCGCUGUGGAGCUGAUGAUACUCCAUUUACAGAUGUUGAACGAGGCGGGCGCCACGCGACGCCUCAGCGGCCCGCCGCUGCACACCCUCUACCAACUGUCGGCAGCGCUGCGCGCUCUAGCGGAUGUGGCGCAGCAUCAACAGCGACUGCAACUGCAAUUGCAGCUGGCGUGCCCGCAUCUGAUACGCGCCGCCGAGGUCUCCAUGGGCGAACUGGAGGUGCAGGCCAAUGUGGUGCGCACACUGAGCGUGCUGUCAGAAGAUCUGGAAUGCUGCGAGACGCUGCAUAACUAUGCAGCCCGCAUUGGUCUGCUGCUCGGACCCUACUCCAAGGGCGGCCAGUGCAGUGAGCGGCUCUUGGCCGUGCUCAGCCGGCUGGGCUAUAUGCUGGGCAAUAUCUUGGCCAAGCAUGAAUCCGCGCGCGUUCAGUACUAUCAAAACGAUGUGGCCAUGGAGUAUCUGCUGAAUGUGCUGCAGCAGCUAAGCGAACGACCGCUGGGCAGCGAGGCGCUCCUGGAUGCCCAAAUCAAGCUGAUACGUGUCGUGGCGAACAUGAGCGUCAAUGCGGAUGUCGGCGCUGGGCUGGGCAAUGUGCAUGGUCUGGGCGCUGUGCUGUUUCGCCUGCUGCAGAAUGCAGCUGUGGCGCUGGAUAGAUCAUCAACAAUAACGGAAACCGCACAACCGCAGGCUGAGCUGCUCGAGCUGCUGCAUGCAACGCUCGGUGCACUGCACAAUUUAUGCUUCUACCAGGAUAACCAAACGGCAACGCCGACAACAACGACAACAACAACAACAACGGAAACAACAACAACGGAAACGACAACAACCACGAUACCGUCACCCGGUUCGCUGCAGAGCCUGAUUGCCGAGCUGUCGACGGCCCUGGCUGGCACCUUGAAACGGUGUCAGGGUCAGUAUGUGUCCACCAAGGUGGAGCUGGCCCGCGUGCUGGGCAAUUUGACGCGCAACGAGCUGGCGCGACGCCGUUUCUGCGCCGCCGGCGGUUUGCCCUUGAUGGUGCAGCAGCUGACGCGGCAGGCGAACGGACAGGAUUACGAGCUGCGCACCUGUGCCAUCGGAGUGCUGGUCAAUCUGUUGGGCGAUGGCGAGCAGCGGGCACCGUUUUUGCAGCUGCGCGGCGCUGAGCUGCUGGCGCUGCUGUUGCGCGGCGCACUGGAGCAGGAGGAUUGGUUUCUGGCCAACAUUGUGUGCCAGGCGAUGUGGAAUCUUCUGAUCGAUGCCCAAUGCGCAACGGCCUUGUGCCAAAGUGGCAGCAUACUCGAUGAGGUCAGUGAUCUGCUAGCAGAUUACUUGGAUGAAGAGCGUCCGAUUGUCGGCGACGAGGCCAACGAGGAUGAGAUCGAACCAGGCAAAAUAAAAGAGUCGGAGCUCGAUUUGGAAUCGGAGCCGGAUGCGGCGCCGGAUGCAUUGUGGGAGGACUUUGCGCUGGUGGCUACCGAUUUGUUGGAGCGGAUACAAAACAAUUUCGAUAAGCAGCAACAGCGACAGGCGACGCACAUCGAUAACGAUGACGGGAACGAUAAUGAAGAUGUGUUUAUCGAAAAAUUGUAAUACAUUCUUUAAGACUAAAAGAAUAUACAAAUAUAAACAAUUAUCGAUAAUAAUCGAUAACAAUAAUCGAUAAAUUGCCAGCAAGUCGAUGCAACGAAGUGGACACAACACACGAUUAUCGAUCCUAAUCGAUAUUUGACUGUCUAAACAGUUAUGGCAUUUCGAAUUUAAUCGAUUUUGAAACAUCGAUUAUUGUUACCCAAGCCAAACAGGUCUUUGAAAUAUUUGCAAUUUUAGAUCAAGGUCGUAAUACGAGCGUCAUACAUAAACCAACGAAUUUCAUGUCGUUUAUCAAGUUUCAAUAAAUUAAGCCAGCCCAAUGCUAUUUCCAUAUCAAAUGCAA